AUGUCGAACAAGUUCAGAGCUCCCACUAGGCGUAUAUCCUCGCAGCUACUUCCUCGAGCUCCAAGAGCACCUACCCAAGAGUCUAAAAUCCUACCACCAGGCACAGGAAAGAAAAUUCCUAAACCGAAAGUUUGUUCCACACCGAAGCCAUCCACUGUCACAAUAGCGAAAUCGGGUAUUGCUGAUCGUUUCCCUUCAAUACCGGGACCUUUCUCGAGCUCUAAACAGCGCUUGAACACUGAAGAUGUCCCCGUUGUUACAUCGGAAGGAGAGGGUCUGAAUGACACUUUGAAGGCCAAUUCCGAGUUAUGUGUAGCUAAGGUGCCGUCAUUGAUUGAGCUUUCCUCACAGCAAUACAAAAGAUCACUCCUUCAUAGUUUGAGAAAAGUCGACUAUUCUGAGACUUCAUUAGACACCAGCGAAAAAACCCUCGUCGAAUUUCCCACUCCGACAGUUUCUGACUUAAUCAACGACGAUGAGUAUAUUGGUUGUGCAAACUGCAGUACAGUGAUUCUUCCUAAAUGCAGUUUUAUGAAGAUAAACGACGGUACUAAUCACACUGUUAGUGAACCGAAAAAAGUUAGCUGGUGUGCGGUCGCAUUGAUUACGUUGAUGUUCGCUAUGGUAGCGACACUGUGCUUCGUGACCAUUUUCGUUAACUUUGAAAAGUUAAAAGUGCUUUGGCAAGAACCACCUGUGUUUGAAGAGAGAAUCGAAGAUGAAGUGCGAGAGAUAGUCGCGAAACCGGUGCUUUGGUUUCAGAAAGUCUGGGACAAUACGAAAAGUUUUGUCACUGUCGAGUGUUUGGAUCUUUUAGUGUUUCAAGCUAUAAUGGUCGUGCGGAAUGUUGUGAAUGGUGAUUAUGUAGACGAAUAG